AGUCACUCUGGCCUCGCCUGGGUGGCCUCUGCGGGACGAGGACGAGGGGGGCGACUCGGAGAGGAGGAGUGAGGAUAGAGGGCAGGGAGGGAGAGGCCCGCAGCUGCUCUGGCGAGAGAGCCUUCCGCCUCUGCGCCAUCGCGCACAUCGCACACAUUAGAGACAUUCAUGACUUUCCUCCCUCCGACAUCGCAUAUGGCGAGGCGAGGCCCAGCCACCAUCGCGGCAACGAUAUCUUUGUGUGAUUUGGUUUUCGAUGGACCCGCUGCUCGGGAGCGCACAGCUGCAGAGCAGGCUUUGGCCGCGAAGACCAUCCGCCUAGCCGACCUUCUAAACUGUAACGCGUCACCAAACGCGCGCGGCACGAGGGAUGCCAGGCUGGCGGGCCCCUUCGCCCCUGUCGUGAGCGCGAUGAGGGUUCCCGUCAUGAUGCCGCCGCCUCCUGGGCUUCGGACGCCGCUGAGGUCCGCCGCCGCCGUGUUUGUGCCGGGCGGCAAGAGAAGGCAGGCGCCGCUGUCAGAGAAGGACACGGACACGGAGGACCCGUCGGUGGAGGGUGCCGACAUUGAGUCGGACAAGGACACGGAGACUUCGUCAUCAAUGGACGCGGAGGCCGCGGCUUCUGAGCGGCGCGGCCCUAUUUUCGUCGAGCUUGGCCUAUGAUCACGGAAUCAUAGUCUUGUUUGGGGUUGUGGGGCUAAUCAUAAUUUGGUGCCCUGGGUUUCUUGGGUGUCGAUGGCUUGGCUGUGGAGUCGAGCUCCUCCUUGGAACGACGGGGGCCUGCCUGGCUGGCAAGGACUGGACCAGUCGACCGCCAGGCUCGCUCCCUCGCGAGGCUUCUUUUUAAUUCGCAGUGCGGCAGUGCAGAACCCGCUCCACAGACGCUUGUUUGCACAAUGUUAUCACGACGAGAGCCCCCCUAGGACAAAGUCAGG